AUGCCGACUCGAACGAACAACCGAGGUAUCCCCGUACCGCGCGACCAAUCUCGUGGCUCGGGACGCGGUGACAACCAGCAGCAAGCAGCAUGGCGGAGCAGUCUUGAUCUCGUCUGGUCCUACUCACGCUCACAAGCUUUCUACGGCAACAACAUCGCAACUUCGCCCUCCUUUGUCGAACGACGCUGGGCCGGUCAAGAUCUGGAAGAAGGCGACAGCAUCUACGAAGACGAUGAAGAGUACCUAUCGGGCGAAUACGACGAGGACGAAAGCGAGGAGACGGAUGGCAGCACGGCUCACUCUCGGUCUGGCACCGACGCGGAUGCCGACACCGACACAGCCUCGAUGGCCAGCGACGCGAGGUUCGGGCCUUCCGACCAAUUCGAGUGGGAGGGAGAAGCGCUGCCGCCGAACGCAACGCAGCGUAACCGCACACGGCGACGCUCAAAGGCGAGAGACAGGCGCUUGGAGCAGCUCGAGAGCGCUGACGAAGACGAGCGCAGUCGAAGCAGAAGUCGAAGUCCCAAGCGACUUUCCGCAGUUGGGCCACGCGAGCGCGCUUCCAACAGCAGGCUGAAUCCGGCUCGAUCUGCUCAGACCUUGGUCGCCUCCGGUCAGGGACUUCGAGAUCCCUUCGCUCAAGAUGAUGACAACAACAAUAGCAACAGCAAGGACACCGAGGUGACGCCUUUGCUAACCAGCAAGCGUUCUGCCGAUGCAAACUCGACAAGACGCAAAUCUGGCUCGUAUGGUGCACUUCGACGCACCUCUGAUUCCGGGGCCUAUUCGAACCGCUCUGGCGACUCGAGCUACCACGUCCUACAACUCGGUACUAGCACAUUGCUCCAGUCGUGGUUUAACACCGUCAAUGCGCUCGUAGGCGUCGGCAUCCUCGCGUUACCUCUCGCCUUUUCGUAUGCCGGCUGGAUUGGUGGGACCGUUCUGUUCCUCGUCUGCGGCCUGCUCACCAACUACACGGGCAAAGUGUUGGCAAAGAUCAUGGCCAAGGAACUCUCGUUGCGCACCUACGCGGAUAUCGGUAGCUACGCGUUCGGCCCUUCAGCACGAAUUCUGAUCAGCCUCUUCUUCUGCCUCGAGCUCUGGGCCGUCUCGGUCGCCCUCAUCAUCUUGUUUGGCGACUCCAUGUCGGCGAUCUUCCCGCACAUUGCCCCAGCAGCAUUCAAGAUGCUUGGCUACUGCGUCGUGCUUCCCUCGGUGUUCUUGCCGCUCAAGUUCCUCUCGCCAAUAUCGGUGAUUGGCAUCGUCUCGACAUUCACGCUCGUCGUGGUCGUCAUCAGCGAUGGCCUCAUCAAGAAGCAAGCUCCCGGAAGUCUUUGGUCGAUUGCGCCCACCACACUCGGUCCACGAUGGGAUCGGCUGCCGCUCAGCUUUGGCCUCAUCAUGUCUGGCUUCUCGUCACAUCCGAUCAUUCCAUCGCUGGUACGCGACAUGAAGGACCCGACCAAGUUCCCGCGCAUGCUUAACCUGGCCUACCUCGCAGCAACCGUGCUCUAUCUUUCCAUGGGCAUGGUAGGAUAUGCCAUGUUCGGCAUGCAUGUGUCGGACGAGAUCACCAAGGAUCUGGCCAGGACGCCCGGCUUCCCGGUAGCGCUCAACAGUGUUGCCAUUUGGUUGAUCGUCAUCAAUCCGCUUUCCAAGUUCGCGUUGGCGACAAGACCCAUCCAGACGACAUUCGAGGUUCUGUUGGGAAUCGAUGAGCAGACUGCGGCCAGGGUCCAAAAUAAGAACGCCAAGGCAGAAAGGAGAAGAUCUGCGACGGUGACGCCGACAGUAACAGCUGCUAUGGCGCCAAAUGCGAGCGUCGAUGGUGACGGGAAUGACGUUGCGGGCAAACCGGUUGACCAGCUUGCAGACACACGCGCUCACAAAGCACAACUCACUUCCGAGGCCACCAACACGACACUCUCCGUCUCUCCCAGCCAGCGUGUGUCCUUCGCUACACCUGCACGUCCCCUGCAGCAGCCUCAACCUGCUACCUCACCAUCGCGUCAAUCGGCCUCAGAAGAAAACCCGCUGGCCAACUCAGCAAUCUCUCUCCGCGCAGCCGAGCUCACCUCGACUCUGACACCGCGAACUCGAUUCAUGCUGCAGAUCCUGCUCAAAGUGGUUGUCACUCUGCUCAUCGCCUUGACGGCGGUGGUGUUGCCUGGGUUUGAAAAGGUGAUGGCGUUCCUGGGUGCAUUUUUGGCGUUUGCAACGUGCGUGUUUGGACCGCUGUUGGCGAACUUGAGGUUGUUCGGCAAGGAGAUGAGGGGAUGGAGGGUGGCGGUGGAUGUGGGGAUACUGGGGUUGAGUGCGAUCAUGGCUGCUAGUGGUACUGUGUGGGCAUUUUUGUAA